CUACGUAUCGAAGUGGCCUGCCACACGCAAGAUGGCGGUGAUGUUCUGCCUCUCCGGGUUCCCGCGGGGUCACGGGGUGUGUCCUGCGCUCCCAGCAUGGCUCCACCACGGUACCGGGCGGCAUUACACGCGGUGCUCCGACAGCUUCCGUACCAGUGUGGCGGGCUGCGGUUCCGAGGCUUCAGCGCCCAGGCUCUCCCGGCGGUCAGGAUGGAGUACCAGGAUGCCAUACGCACCCUUAACACCCUGCAGACAAAUGCUAGUUACCUGGACCAGGUGAAGAGACAGCGGAAUGACCCUCAGGAACAGCUAGCGGCUAUGAAGGUGUUUCUGGAGAGGAGUGGCCUGCAGGUUGAAGAUUUGGAUCAGCUGAAUAUAAUUCACGUGACCGGAACAAAGGGCAAGGGAUCCACGUGUGCCUUCACAGAGAAGAUUCUGCGUAACUGUGGCUUGAAGACGGGCUUCUACAGCUCCCCACACCUGGUGCAGGUGAGAGAGAGGAUCUGUAUCAAUGGGCAGCCAAUCAGCAAGGAGCUAUUCAGCAAAUACUUCUGGCAGGUGUACAACCGCCUGGAGGAGACCAAGAACGAAGGCUUGUUUUCCAUGCCGCCUUACUUCCGGUUCCUGACAAUUAUGGCGUUCCACGUGUUUCUGCAGGAGAAGGUAGACUUGGCUGUAUUGGAAGUUGGGAUUGGUGGCGCUUAUGACUGUACGAAUAUCAUAAGGAAACCCGUAGUUUGCGGAGUGUCUUCACUUGGUAUUGACCACACGGCUAUCUUGGGGGACACAAUUGAGAAGAUCGCUUGGCAGAAAGGGGGCAUAUUUAAGCCAGGUGUUCCAGCACUCACCGUUCCCCAGCCUGCAGGUCCCCUAGAGGUGCUGAAACAGCGAGCCCAGGAGAUUGGUUGCCCCCUGUACAUGUGCCCGGACUUGGCAGAGUAUGAGGAGGAGGACAUCUCACUACGCCUGGGUCUGGCCGGAGACCAUCAGAAAACGAACGCUUCCCUGGCGCUGCAGCUGGCUCAGAUGUGGCUCCAACAGCAAGACUGGCAAGGUAUUGGAGAGUGUAAGCAAAGACAGCAACAUCCUCCAGUGAAGUGGCCUCUGCCCAUGGCGUCUGCUUUCCGCCCCACUAUACCAAUGGUUAAAGGUUUACAGGAUACUGUAUGGCUGGGACGUACGCAGGUAUUACAGCACGGCCCCAUAUCCUAUUACAUUGAUGGUGCACACACCAGCAGCAGUAUAAAAGCCUGUGUCAAAUGGUUCCAGCAGAUGGCGCUCAACGAGGAGAAAGCUGAAAUGGGGUCUGUGGUCCGAGUACUGGUUUUUAACGCCACAGGGGAGAGAGACACCGCCGCACUGUUAAAGCUCCUACAUCCCUGUGAUUUUGACUACGCUGUGUUCUGCCCCAACAUCAGUGAGGUAUCGGGUGUGGGGAUAGCAGAUCAGCAGAAUUAUAACGUGACUCUAGAGAACGUCCUGACCCGUUGUCUGGAGAACCAGAAGAAAUGGAACCUGCUGAUGGAGGAGCGAGGCUGCUCUGACCCCUGGGGCUCUUCUUUGCCUGUUGACUCUCUGAUUAGAGGCAGCCCCCGUGGCACCCCCCUGCUCCUUGCCCCCUCUUCAGAGCGUCUCUUAAACUGUAACUCCCUUGUGUUCCCGUGUAUCUCUCAUGCUUUGCAGUGGGCCACCCAGGGGAGAGACCCCGACUUCCCUUGCCUGGACACCAAUCUCCUUCACCACCACAACCCCGUGGCUAGUUCUGGUUCCAUCCUGCUGCGGGAGGCUGCUCACAUCCAGGUUCUCAUCACAGGGAGCCUCCACCUAGUGGGCGGAGCUCUGAAACUGCUCGACCAAUCGCUUACUCAGUGACCUGCCCUGUGCACAGUUUACAGAUCUGACACCUUCAUGAUUACUUGAAAUCGGCCGCCCCACCUGCUGCCUGGAGUGGGAAACCCUCUUAGUUGCCAGAGCCAUAUUCUAACAUUGGUGGGUUUUGUGUUGUUUUUGCCCCCUUGUGUUGGGGUUUCUGGAAGCAAUGCUGGUUUAACCUUACUAAUAAUCAUCACCUCUGGAACAUCUUUUACAAAAGGGCUGCUAUUUUAUUCUGCCCAGAUAACGGUUCAUGGAAUUCCUGACAACCUCGCUGUACAUAGGUGGGAGAAAUUUGGAUAAUUGCCUUGCAUAUUUUUUAUUUCAUUCCUGAAGAAAAGUAUUUAUUAACAA